CGCAUCGUGUCAAGGCACCGAACAACUUCUCCAAUCUCUCUUCUUCUCGUCGCACUGUAGAAAUUCAGAAGCUCAUCGUCAUCGCGUACAAAUCUUGGCCAUAAACCCUAGACUGGUUUAGUUUUUGGAACAUUGAUAACCAAUUAAGCAAUUGAGAAGAGAUGCUUGGUGAUGGAGGCGAAAUCCCCUCAAGGUAUGAAUUGUUGAGCAUGGUGAAGAAGCAUUCCAAUUUAAUAGGGAAAACGGUAGUUGAGGAGCAACAUGCUUCUGAUAUCGAAAUGGAUAUGAGGUUUUGGCACGAUGUCUUUGAUUUGUAUUUUGUCUGUGGCAAGGAGUCAAGGGGACGCCAAGAUGAUGAUCUUGUUUUCUUUGUCAGAAAAUUGGGUUCCCAUGGUUCUGGUUCCAACAAUAAAACAGAGAGCGUUGAUCCUUAUUUUGUACGCAGGUGGGCACCUAAGUUGAGCAACUUAGUUGAUGAAACUUCUAUAGAUGUGAACUGGAGGCGUUCAUUUUACUUGAAUCUAAUUGCUCAUACAUCAUUCAGUGUAACUGUUGCAAUUUGCAGUCACCAGGAUCUUCUGAACCAUCGAGCUGGGCAGGAUACACCUUUAUCCCCUAUAUAUAAGGUUGUGAAGACUGUUUAUGCAUCCCCAAGUCGUGUAAAUUUUCAAUUGGACUCUGAAAAGGAAGUGGAAACGACUCCUGCUUAUCCAGAUAUAUGUUUCGCAAUUGAUGAUUUUGACUCCACUUUUGAUGCUGUGGUUUUGACUGAAAAAGAUCAUUGCUAUUGUGUAGUUCUUAACGCACAUGAUGGGGCAGCAUUUCCGAGUGAAAAGGUGGCCAAUGAUUGUAGUACUAGUGAUAGCUCCUCUUUGCCAGUCCAUUCUAGUUCUGCAAAGAAAAGGAAUACAAAGCUUACACUUUUAUCAGGAUUUGUCAGCUAUCAGAUGGUCCGAGAUGCUUAUGAUGCUGGUAGGUCUCGAUUUGGGAGCCUUUUAUCCGUGGGCCAUUCUUCAGGCAAAACAGACAGGAUUUACAUGAAAGGUCCUGGUGGCCGAGGGGAAGUUGAAGUAGCUGUUUCUGGUGUUGCGGAUCAAAGCCAGCAGGAUUCAGGCCCAUUUUCGCCAGUUAUAUCAAAGAAAGGGUUUGGGCUUGGCGUCAUUGUCCACAAAGCAGCAUCUGCUGCAUCAGUAGCAGCAAGGCAUGCUUAUGCAGCUGCCUCUGCCUCCAGCCCAAAUUUUGAUGAGUUGAUACCUUUGAAAUGCAGCUUAAUGUCCAUAUCAUUGCCCUGGGAAUUUAUUGCGUAUGAUCUUCUGUUUAAGGGAGCUCCUCCAGUGAACAUGUGACCAUCCAAUGUAUCUGUGGGCAAUGAAAAUCGAAAUGGAGAUUUCUGCCAUCAACUUUUUCCUAGUUAUGAAAUUCAUUUCUCUUCUGACAGUUGUCUUUGGUGCAUGUUGUGUGCACGUGCAUGCUUAGAAAUGUGCAUAUUUGGUGUUGGGUUGAGUAUCCCGGGGUAAUUUGUUUGUUGCAUCUGGUUAUAAAUCUAUAUUAGUUGGUUGGUGUAUAUAUUGGAUUACUGUAAUUGCCACAUUUCCAAUUACCAGGUUCUUCCUGACUAGGUUUUUUUUUAAUUGUUUUUUAAAAAUUGUUUAUACUUCCUAGCCAAUUCCACCAGAGAAGAUAAAAGGUAAAAGAAAUUGGUCUCCGGUCAAAGCUGAACUGCACGCAGGCAGCGAUGGCCACUAAAGAUGGGACUUUUUUAAUAGAUGAAUUUAUUUAUGAAAAAGUAUGCAUUCACUUUUC